UCGCCAGCUUGAAAUCUUGUCAGCGCCAGUCACUUCUAAAUUGCGCGGUUCUGCUCGGUCCCUGGUCUAGCCACGCCCCGUCUUGGCUUGCAGCGCAGCCAACAUCCAGGUUGGCCGCGAGAGAACUGGAGCGUAGCACCACCAAAUCGCAAUGGCUUUUAACAGACCGGCAAUUAUCCAGCCAUACGUGCUUGACCCCUUGUCAGACCCAGACGCCGAACAAGAGGAAGAGGAGCCACCUAGAUCCCCACGAAUACCAAAACCAGUUUCUGAAUGGUGCAGAUGUGGGAACUGUGGUGCAAUGCCUACUGAACACGAGAGCUUGUGCUGUCAGGAGGUCCCAGAGGUCACAAGGCGCAUGGAGCAGGUGGAGGGCACUCAGCCUCAGUGUGUUAUCGACCAUCCUGGAUUUUAUGCCACGUCCCUCAAUGUGUAUGUGCUUCAAGCCAUGUACAACAUCUACAGAGCAGAUCAUGGACCAGUACGGCUACGGGGCAUAGAGCACCGUUACAGAUAUCUGGCCUACAGGAUGUUUGUCAGUUGGUGUUGGGGAUUCCUGGGGCGCCACAUAAGAGUCGUGGUUCCAUCAUGUGUCGUCCUGCGUGUUCGUCGGGAGUUUCCAGAUAGUCAACAGCAAUACAUGGGCUUCAGACUGCCUCCCCUGCGUUGAAGCGGAAGAUGCAGCUGGUGAUCACCCCCUCCUUCUCAGGCCCACU